CGUGAGGAGGGGAGUGGAGGUCUGGGUGUGAUGUUUUUGGAGGAGGAGCUCCAUCAUUUAGAGAAGUGAGAAGUUCUCGGUUUGGCAGUAAAGGCGGAAAAGAGGCAGCGUUAAACCAUCACAGCUUCAAGCAUGAACGCCCGUCACGCUCUGAUCUGCUUCUUCCUCCUCUCAGCACUGCGGGACACUGGUGUCAUCAGUGCAAAAAUCCUCACAGAAACUGAAGGAGGAAACAUCACAGUUGAAUGCUCCUUCGGUUUCUCUGGAAAGAAGAAGCUCUUCUGUAGAGACGAGUGUGAAGACGGAAACGUUCUCAUUGAAACAGAAGAGGACACGGAUCAGAGUGGCAGAUACAGCAUUAAAUACGAAAAAAGACGUUUUUUCCAAUAUGACCAUUUGUAUGUGACCAUCACAAAGCUGAUGAAGUCGGACUCAGGACGGUACAGAUGUCGUUUGGAUGACUCUUGGUCUUCAGAUUUCCUGUUUGAGAUCAGAGUUAAAGAUGCUCCGACCUCUUCAAAACCAAACUGGACUCUCGGACCUGUUUCAGCGUCAGUCCCAUCAGCCUCCACACCGACAACAACGCAGAGUUUAACCUCCAGAUCAGGAAGCUCCACAGCUUCAUCAGCCUCCCCUGAAGGCACCAAUAAUCCUCAUCAGAGCCAGGUAUCACCAGCUGCAGGAACAGCCGCAGGUCCGCUGCUGAUUGUGAGUCUGACUCUGGUCGUCCUGUUCAUCGUUUUAUCUGUAGCGGUGCUGAUAUUCUGCAGGAAGAGGGCCAGUUCUCUGAAAGGACAUCCUGUGGAAACCGAGUAUGCUGAUGCCACAGAGACCAUCCGAGUGUAUGAGGAGAUCCAAGAGGAGAACAGAGGGAGCAGACCUCCUCCUGUAGAAGUGUUUACAGUUUACUCUUACGCCAAAUACGUCAAACCAAAUGCAGUCGGAAGCUCGGACAAACACAGCUUUUUAACAGCAGCGGCUCCUCAGGCCACAGCUGAAGACGAGUCGCGUAAACUCACCUACUCUGAGGUGGACUUUCCCGACGGUGCAGCCGCUUUGCUCCGAAGCGCCCCCUGUGGCGAUAACGUCGUCUACUCUGUUCCUCGGGUCGAAGCGAGCUCGAACGGCAGCCACGGCGAAGACGCUUCGCCUCCUCUGUACUCUACCGUGAGUUUACAUCCGCUGUAGCUUUAACGCUGUCAGCGGCCAACAGAUGAACACAAAGUGGUUUAAUGUUAAAACAUACACAAAAAAAAUCUGUUUUUUUACCAUUUCAGAGAACUGAGGUUAUUUUGGUAACUGUUGCCUUAAUUUAAUCUGCUAAAAUGUACAGUAAACUAUGUCAGAUUAUAUAUAUUUUUUAAAUGUUAACAGUGACGAUGAGAUGUCUCUAUAAACUUUAUGAGUUUAUUGUAUUUGCAGAAAUGUAUAUUUUUUUAUUGCAGUUUUAUACUGUAUUUAUUCUGUAUUUUUUUUAAACUAUAGUUGUUUGUAGGUGGUGCAUCUAGUUACAGUGAGAACAAUGGUCCGUGACAUUUUAAAUUCCUGAUAUUUUGGUAACAUUGAAAAAAGAAUUGGCGUGUUUUUUCAAAAACAUAAACUUGACA